AUGCAAUCAAUUACUACAGCAAGCAGCGAAGUCUCUCGUCGUGCUCACUCAAAUCCCGUCAUCGAGGCAUCCAAGGCCCGCGCUCAAGAUGAGCAGGAUACAAAGGCCCUCCUUCUUACCGCCCAGCGUUUCUGUCGGAUCUACAAUCCAGAAAUCGAGCCAGAGCAUGAAACGACCAUGCUCUGCGAGUGCGCAGUUCACAAGUACUGGGAGCGCAAGUUAGACCGACUCGAUGUUCAAGACACCUGGUCAAGAGCCGUCAUGUACCCCGGAGAGAAGCCAUACCAUGAUUGCACCCGCCUACGAUUCAAGAACCAGAAUCCAUAUUCCUUUAAGAUCACCUCGCCCUUCAGCCUUGUCAACUUUUUGACCGGAAUGGCGAAACCUGACCCAAUUUACCAUCUACAAUUCCUCGAGGAAACUCGAGCCAUGAAUUCAACUCUGAAUGCAGCCGCGGAAGAAGCCAUCCAAACGCUGGAGCCAGGAUUCAAUAUUUGGGACCUCGAGCAGCUGGAGUCCCUAGUAUCCAAUAUGUCCAUCCAUCGUCGCACAUCCCUUGGAAUCGAUGGCGAAGUCGACAAGACAUCAAAGCGCUCCGGGUUCAGAAAAGCAUUCUUGAUGAAAUCCUCUGAUGAGCGCACCGCAAUCAAAAUGAAAAAGAAAUUCGCCGGGCCAUCAGAGUUACGUGAUGAAAUCCUCGCAGAAGAGCAAGGCAGAUGGCAAGAUGACAACGACAAAUAUAUUGUGACCGCUUACCAAGAGAGCAUCGGCAUCAUCCAAGAGGUCGCUGAGUUGCGAACGAAACGGCCUGUGCAAUAUCUACACCUUCUACGAGCGGGAUAUUUCGAACCGAUCAUCACAUCCUGGGAAGGUCAGGUUCCGAGUUUACUCAGCUUCAGCAUCGAUUCCGCGGCCGGAUGGAGAGGAUUCACACCUACAUGGAGAGGCUUUAAAACGAUCGCCGAGGAGCGACUUUAUUGGGUACUCAGUCAUCGAAAAGGGCAAAAGGCAUAUUCAAAACCAUCCUCGACUGCAGAAAUUGAUCAGGCUCGGGAGCGGAUUGCUACCGCUAUUCAGCCUGCACAAAUAUACGAGCGGCCCGAUGAAGUCAGCUUGGUCUCCGGCGGCUCUCAACACACCUCUAGCUCGAUGGACACUUUUCCCAUGUGUCCAGAAUACACUCAGUAUCUGAUUACAUCACACACGAAGGUCGAUCAACCAAGGAGCAAAGAAGUUGCCAAGUCUAUAGUACGGGACUUCGUCAGCGCAAUGUUGAACCAUGACGGCGGCGGACGAGGUUAUCCACUAGUAACAUUUUCUCAAUCAUCGGCAUACAUCGGAACUGUCCACGGUUGGGAUGUGAAUGAAAUCUGGAGAGAAUUGAGGUUCAUAGGACGCCCCCGACUCAUGAUGGGAUGGCAGAAACUCAAGGAGCUGCAUUUCCGGAAACAUUCUGCAACAGCAACAUACCACACGAAUUAUGGAUGGCAAGCAGGCCCACGCACACCUAUACUGAGGACUCUGUUGGUCUUGAGUGUCGAGCCAAGCGACAUGGAUGAAUUCGAACUGGAGCUUCUCAGUCUACCCUGGGCCUAUGUAACAAUAUUCCUGAUCGGCGUGGAAGGAUCCAUCGACCAUCAUCGCUAUGCAAACCGGCUCAGCCGAAUGAGCGAGGUCAAUAACAGGGUAUCACUUGUCGCAGCCCAAGGAAAUAUCCCAGAACGCCUGGUCACCCAUGAACUCCUCAAGCGGCAUCUCUGCUCUGAUCUUCCAAUGUCUCGUUUCCGGGAGCUCGAGCGGCCAUUACCCGUGGAGUUACCCUCACCAUCGCCAGGCCAACGCGGGAGAACGUUUUCCAAUUCAACAGACCUAGAUGAUCUUCCGGUGGAAUUGCCGUCGCCCGAAGAAACAUCAGUCUGGCAGUCUGAACAGCAAUCAUUGUCCAUACGAGGCAUAGCAGAGCUCUCAGGAGAACGAGAGUUUGCCGAAUUGCCCGCUCCAGGACAAUAUGAACCAGAGCGGUAUGUCAAUCGUACGCUAACAGAUCAUAUUUCACAACGAGGGCCCCCACCCCCGUAUUUAGAGAGCAUGUAA